AUGAAGCCCAUUGAUGGAAGCAAACUCUUGGAUUUUCUGCUCAAUUCUUCAUUCAUCGGCGUUUCAGGAGAGGAAGUUCGAAUUGAUGAGAAUGGAGACGCUCCCGGAAGGUAAGCAACUAUGGCGUCUUGCCUUGUUAAUAAUCCUAGCCUGUACAAUUGAAGCAAGACGCUGAUACAUUUAACACUGUAAAUCAGGGAUGGGAAGGGGGGCCCUGUGCUCUAGUCACUGCUGUACUUCAACUCCCAUAAGCCCUAAGCAGCAUGGCCAAUCAUCAGGGAUAAUGGGAGUUGUAGUUCAGCAACAUCUGGAGGACCGCAGGUACUCCAUCUCUGCUAUAUAGUACAGCAGAUGGAUAGUACCAGUAAGGGGGAGCAACUUAGCCAACUACCAUGUUAAUCAACAAAAGGACAUUGAGUUCCUUCAUAUGAUAGCGUUAGGCACCAAUAAAGAAGGUAUGGCACAGGUUCCAAUGAAGCAACAAUAAAACCAAAAAAGUUCAUGUAAAGAGCUGUUGGGGGAAAAUAAUUCAUUUUCUUCCUUUUUUUUAUAAGAAUUUUUUAAUGUUAAUUACCUGCAGUAGAGGUUUAAAGCUCAGUUAUAUGAAAAUACUGUUAUGCUAUUAAGCUUCAAAUUCACACAUUUUGCUGCAGCAUUGCAAUGUAAUACAACAAAAAGAUAACACUUUUCCUAUAAAAAAAAUGAGCAAACACCACUUGUGUAAGAAGCCUCUGGUGGACUCAAAGGCUUAAUAUAAGGUGUGCAAAGCUGAGCAAGAAUGCACUCCAUAUAAGUUUAUUCACAAAGAAUCACUCAUUUUUAUAUUAAGAAUUCUUAAUUACAUUUAUUUUCUUCAUUGAUGAAAUAGCAGAGGCCUUUAUAUUUGACCAUGUUUCUAUACAAAUAUAUUCAGUAGGUAUCAAAGCAGGAACAAAAUAAAAUGAAAGAAUACAUAUCAAAAACAUUUUAUGCUUUGCUGAUUAUUUCACAAUUGACUUCUUUGAUGAAUCUAAUUACGAGCCACAACUUAAAUAAAUUCUGGAGGCUGUCAGAUCAUAUAAAUGUUUUUAAUUUUUGCAUACUGUGUGUAUCAAAUUAGUGAUAGAAAGCAAAGUUCUGUUCCAAAACAUGAUUCAUAUACGAUAUCCAGUACAAAGCACAACAUUUGCUAACCAGCCCCAAUUCAGAUGUUUUGGACUACAACUCCCAUCAGUCCCAACUAGCAUGCUGUAAAAACAACUACAUUUAAAAUAUUCAAAAAAUUAAAGUAAAAACAGCAAUAAACUAAAAACAGACUAGCAGGUGCUGAAAACAGUGCAGUGAAGGCACUUACCUGAUGUCACUAGGCAGGUUCCCAGAGUAUGGAUGCUGCCACACAAAUUAGGAACUGGUAUUGUGUGGCACCUCUAACAGUGGCAGUUCUGCACAUCAACAUGGUUGAGCAGGCAUAUUAUGGGGUAAGGUGAUCUCACAGGUAAACUGGUCCCAAAUUGUUAAGGACUUUAUAUACUAAUAGUAACACCUUGAAAUUAGCCCAGUAGCAAAUUGGCAACCAGUGUUGAUACCUGAGCACAGGUGUUCUAUGCUGACACAGUCUCAUUCCUUUUAGCAAUUGUGCAGCUGCAUUCUGCACUAACUGCCAACUAUGUACUUAAGAAAUAUUAAGUGAAUAUAUUCCUGCAGAUCUUGUGGGCUGGUGUUAGCCAUAGUAAAGAUCUAUAACAAAUAUUAAAGGGGGAAAUUCUUCAGGUGAGACAUAAAUAGCCCUGGGUCCUUCACUAGCGCAUCAAAACAGGCUAAUCUAAUGUUCCUUCACAGAAGAUAACUGGCUUCUGGAAAAAAGAUAAAUGAUGUUUAUGCAGCCUGGGGUUUCCAAAACUGGGAGGCUUUUUGAGCAUCUGGCAAAGUGUGAUAAAUAGCUGGCAUUUUAUGGACAGAUUAGAGGCCACAGGUUUGACUGGCCAUCUAUCUGUACUAGUCCGGUUUUCUAGUCCGGUUUUCGUGUCUGCUAUAUGCUCAAAAGCAGAACAUUAGAAUUAGGUUCAGUCAACAGCAGGUGUAUCAUUAAGGCUGCAGACUAAGCCCUACUGAACUCAAUAGGACAAGCAUAAGAUUGCAAGGUGACAUUACAGAUGUAAGAAACCAUGUUGUCAUGACAAUGUGCAUCAGGUUUGUGUGCUGCCCAGGGUGGUAAUGCAUCCUGCUUUAAUGAGAUUAACCUUCUAAUUAUUAUUAUCAUUAUUAUUAUUAAUAAUAAUAAUACCCCACCCAUCUGGCUGGGUUUCUCCAGUCACUCUGGGCGGCUUCCAACAAAAUAUUAAAAUACAAUGGUCUGUUAAACAUUAAAAGUUUCCCUAAACAGGUCUGCCUUCAGAUGUCUUCUAAAAGUCUGGUAGUUGUUUUUCUCUUUGACAUCUGAUGGGAGGGCAUUCCACAGGGCGGGUGCCACUACUGAGAAGGCUCUCAGCCUGGUUCCCUGUAACUUGGCUUCUCUCAGUGAGGGAACCGCCAGAAGGCCCUCGGCACUGGACCUCAGUGUCCGGGCAGAACGAUGGCGGUGGAGACACUCCUUCAGGUAUACUGGACCGAGGCCGUUUAGGGCUUUAAAGGUCAGCACCAACACUUAAGAAGGCAUGCCUCUAUUUGAAGUCAUCCUCUAGUUUAAGAGCUGUCUAGUCUAAGAUCAAGAACUGUAAGAAGGGAGAGCAGAUGCCACACAACAGUUGACAACUGUGCAACAGACUGAACAACUGCACUGGUCUAAAGUCUUCCUUGCCAUGAUGAGAUUUUUGUUUUUCUAUUUAAAUUAUAGCAAUUCUUUCCAAAUCUGUAUCUAUACAUAGUGUUAUGAGUUUUGGGGUGCGGGGUGCCAGACCCCAUAAUCCCUGGAUCUAGCAAGUGUUAAAAACUAAUAAAAUCUUCUAAUUCUGGGAAAUAGCCAAGCUAGUUUCCUGGUGAGGUGAUGGGGUUUAAGGGGUUCAGUGUAAGAUAGCAAAUGUGUGGGGUCCACUCCCUCAACAGAAAAGGACAGAGUUUGGAGCAGAAGUGGCAGUGAAGUGAUCUAGAAGGAAAGCAGCAAGCUAGAGAGAGAAACAGAACGUUUCAAAGCACAAGGAAACACAAACCCUGACUAAGUGCCUGGAACUCCUGGAAUCUCACACCAUUCAGAGAUUGGGAUGGCAUGCAACACUAUAAAUCAGCUUAUGCAAAUUUUGUGCAUCUCUGUGUCCUGUUUUGCCCACCUUCUUUUAAUGAUACAUUUCCUCUUUUUUGACCACAGGAGUUUGCAUUUUAUAACUAACUGUGCCUUGUUUCAUAAUGCAAACUGCAGUCUGGUAGCAAACCAUGGUAUCAAACCAUGGUCUAGUUUGGUUUGAUAACUAGCUAUGGUUUGCACAAACCAUCGUUUCCCACAUUCCCUGUUGUUUUAGGAGCCCCUAGCAAACUGUGGGAAAGUUCAGAGAAAAAUACUUGAAAUAUUUACAUCUAAGCAUACGGAAACUGAAGUAAGAUGCCCUUGGAACUUUUGGGCAUGAAAUCUUCCGAAAAUACAGUUUACAAUUGACUUGCAGAAAUGUGAGAUAGGAGUUAUCUUGUUUCAACCUCAAGGGGAGAAAAAGAUUGGGGCACUGUCCUUCUGCUCUUCAGAAUCCGUUUGAUUUGCCUGCCCCUCAUUACUAUUCAGGACACAAGCACCUGUCUGGCUUUUCUGUACAGUUUUUCUCCGCAUCUGUAUGGUUGUAACACUCAAGGGAGAAAAUGCCUUUGCCUGAGUCUAAAGCCACCAGCUAAACAGACCAAGCGGCUGCCCCGAAAGAAUCCUGUCUCUUGCAAUUUCUAAGCAAAGUAAAGGGUUUCUAGCUGCUUCUUUCUCCUGUCCCUGAAUCUUGAUCAAAACACUCCUCUGCUUGCCACCCACAACCAUCUUUUCUUCUCUAUCUCAACAACCGGCUUGUCUGUCUAGACUCAGUGGUGAUUCCGCCUCCUCCUUCCUCUGCUCCUUUCACUCCUACUUCUUUCUCCCCCACCUUGAAAUUACUGCUGUCAAUCUUCCCUUUUGCACAAUCCCUUUUCCCUGUAAUGAGAAAAAGCAGCAUAUCGUGGUGGCAGCAAACGACUCCUUACAAUGUAGUGCUGGUAUGCGGUGGGCAAGGAGCGUGGGCAGAGGAUGAAAAGCCUUUGGAAGCAUGUAGGCUGACUUUGUUUUGGUCUUCUGCAAACAUAGCCUACCUCCCAUGAGCAGGCGAACAGCAGAUUUUCCACUUGGAUACCUAAAUGUUCAUGAGAUGCUUGCAGAGCCGCCUUCCAUCCAUUAUUAAACACAACCCUGUGAUUAAUUUAUGUCAAGGAUUCUCAGAGCACAUCAUAAAAAGCCUCCGUAAGUCAAUGAGAACACGGGUUGGGCCUCCACAGGUUUAACAAAGACAGGUGGCUCAUCUGCCAGAUCACUUUAAAAGGAUUUGCCUGCUGUUCCCUGAGAGAAGGUGCCAGGAAAAGAAAAGAAAAGAAUGGUCCCUGAGCCGUCAGGCUUAUCUUAUCAAUGACAGAACCACUUCUUUCAACCUGGGACUUGCCUCAUUCACAGGCAAAAUGGGGAGGUUCAGUUUGAAGGGCCAAUGGAAUUUUAGUGGCUGUUGCAUACAAAGAUUACAAAUGGAGACUGAUAAAACUAGUGCCAUGCACCACGAGUGUUGGAGAGCCACUGAUAGUUCAAACCCCUGGUGACCACACCGCAGCAGUUCUUCCUUACUCUUCCCUUUCAGACACUGCUAAAAAGACGACAGAGAUUUCUUCAGACACUGUUAAAAUAUAUUCAGUCAGAAACCUUCUCCCUGUAUAAAGAAACUGAUAAAUAACAUCAUCUGAUACUGUGUGUUAAGGACUGAUGCUGCAGAUUUUGUAGUGAAUUUAAAAUACUAGUAUUAUUGAAAUGAACUACGGUUUGUUUGAGUGCAGUGAAUCCAUCCUAGAGUUGGUUUCUUGUAAUGGUGCUUUUAAUUUGCAUUUCUGUUCUAGUCUUAUGAGCUGCUUUGAACACAUUAAUGUGGAAAAGUGACAAUAAUAAUACAAAUAAAUAACCACCAAGCUUUUUUUCUCUCUUAAAAUUAAAAUCAUACAUGCAAUUAUUUCCUUAUUUCCAUUUUUAUUUCAAUAACUCAGCAUUGCAUGAUUGUGCUUUAUAUUACUUAAUUUAAAUGAAACACAGACAAUCACCGACACAGGAUGGCAUCUCCAUGCUGCUAAAGCCAAAAGUACCAGCAAGACGGUGGUUCUUUCUUUGAUAAAUUUACAUUAAUAGGCAGGUGCCCUGGAAUUUUGGUACCCCAAGUAGUUGCCUAGCUUAUCUUUAGAGUAGUGCUGGCUCUGGGUCCAGCCAGUUAUUUCAUUGCCCUGACUUGAUCCUGACAAACUGAAGGGAAGUUGUGGCCAAAACAGUAACUUCUAAAGAUUUGAUUUCACAUGAAGAGCAUGAGCUGAAAGAAGUUAAUUGGAAGAAGGCUUCCAUUUAGAAGCUGAGCAGAACAGGAAAAAGAGACUCUGGUAUGCCUAGAAAUGUUUAAUUUGACUUACCGCACUUUGCUCUUGUCCCCCAGGUAUGACAUCAUGAACCUACAGCACAUAGAAGCUAACCAUUAUGAUUAUGUUUAUAUUGGGACCUGGCAUGAAGGGGUGUUGAAUAUUGAUGACAAUAGGAUUCAGAUGAACAAAAGUGGAAUGGUCCGGUCGGUGUGUAGUGACCCCUGUUUGAAGGGUCAAAUUAAGGUAUGUUGCCAGUGCUUGCUCAUCUGAGGUAUCUCUAUUGUGCGGCGGGUGGGGGAGUUACUGUUAAGAUCAGUGGUGUCCAAACUUUUUUCAAGGAGGGCCAGAUUUGAUGAAGUGAAGGGCCGUAGGGGCCGACAAAAAGGGGCCUUUUUUUAGGAUUUUACCCCAGGAAAUAAACUGCCACAGGGGCCAUAUUAAACCAACCUGCGGGACAUGCCUGGUUAAGAUAAAUCGUAGCCAUCCCUUGAGACAGAGUGCCAUAAAUAAAUAAAUAAAUAAAUAAAUAAAUAAAUAAGAUUCACAUAACAUUUCAGUAAAUCUGCAUAUCUUUGCAAAAAUUUGUUCUGCUUCCAGGAACCAUGUGAACAGCAUUAUUAUUAUUAUUAUUAUUAUUAUUAUUAUUAGCCUCUCCUUUGUUGGAGGUUUUAAAGCAGAGGUUGGAUGGCCAUCUGUCAUGGAUGCUUUAGCUGAGAUUCUUGCAUUGCAGAGGGUUGGACUAGAUGACUCUCAGGGUCCCUUCCAACUUGCCAUUCUAUGCCCUCCCAUUCUAUGACCCAGCCCUCCUGAGCAUAUCAUUGGAGGGUGUGAGGGUCUGAAGCGAGAGUGAUAAGAAGUCAUCUCCCGCUUCCACUCUUGGAAGGAGAGGCUGGAUCCAAGUUUCAGCUUGUUUCCUAGGUAUCAUCCUGCCACUGUGACACUAAUUCCUUUCACUAGCAUUCUCUCUUUAAACUUCUAAGAAAUGCUUGUCCCUUUGGAUACAUGGAAGCCUAUUGAUCUUGCACAUGAAACCUGGCUUUAGUUUGUAUAAUUAGAACUUUGGUUUCUUCCUCAAUUGACUUUCCUUAAUGGGGCAGACCGCAUUAUGUGUACAAUAUGCGAUGUAAACGUUACUGAACCAAAUCAAUACCCAGCAUAUUAGCAAGUUGUAAAAUGUAACAGCAGAUUCCUUGGGUGGGAUCUGUGCUCCUACCUCACAAGCAGUUUUGAACGGCAUGCAAAAUACCUAUCUACCAACUCAGUUUGUAUCUCAUGCAGUUUGUAUCUCAUGCAAUUCACCAUCCACCAUGCUCAUGUGGCAUAAAAGGAGGUAUUAAUGAGAAUAUAUUGCAUGUAUAAAGUUAGCUUGAAGGAGCAAAACGUUCCUUUAAAAGGGGACUGGGAAUAAAUUUUUUAAAACCCUUCAGUUUUAAAGGUUAGUGGAGUCCAAAAAGAUCUAAAGAGCCACAGGUUCUCCAUCACUAAUUUAGUUCAGUAUUUAUAUGAAGAGUUGUUUUUAGACAAAGGUAUCUACUUCUUCCCUGCUGCAACCAAGGAUUCUUUUAUAUAGAGAUGUCAAGGACUGACAUUGGGAACACCUGCAUGCAAACCAUGUGAUCCUAUGCACUAAAUCUGUAUCCAUUGUAGUUUCCGGGUUUGUUUGUUUGCUAGCUUGUGGAGUGGGAGACGAGAAAGAGUGUUGGAAAGUACAAAUGAGAAUUUGUACUUGUAAAAAAUUAAUUUAGACCAAGCAAGUUGAGACAUGAAUACAAGUUGAAAGAUUCAGUUAUCACUAUUUCCCAAGGCUGUGUUUCACUGCACUACACAUUAUACUACUGUAGUGAAAUCGAGAUGCCAUUUAAUAUAUUUUUAAAUAACAUUUUCCAUUGUUUUUUGGGGGGUUUAUUGCAGGUUAUAAGGAAGGGAGAAGUGAGCUGCUGCUGGAUCUGCACAGCUUGUAAGGAAAAUGAGUUUGUGCAGGAUGAGUUCACAUGCAAAGCUUGUGACCUGGGAUGGUGGCCCAACACAGAACUGACAGGUAUUGCAACUGAGAGUGUGCUUAAAUACAAAGGGGAAAUGCCGUGUGUGUGUGUGUGAGAGAGAGAGAGAGAGGGGGGGGGCAUUGGUCCAUUGAGCUACGUAUUGUUGACACUAACUGGGAAUUGCGCUCCAGGGUUUCAGGGAGUGAUGCUCCAUUCCUGGAGAUGUCAGGAAUUGAAAUCUUGUGGCUGGUGCACGCCUCUGUUAUAUACUGAGAUCUUCCUCAGAGGCCCUUCUCUGGGUGCCCAUGCCAUCUAUUUAAGGUGGGGAUCAAUGGAGAAGAGAGCUGUGGCACCUCACUCAUGUAACCUUUUUUCUUAGAAGCUCAUCUAGUGCCUUUGAUCUGCCAGGCACAGAACUUUUUAUUUUCCCACAUCUUACUUCCAUGUAUUUAUCCCCUGCUAUUAUUGUUUUCAGCAUGGCCUUUUUCUGUUUGGUGUGUGUGUGUGUAUCAGGUAUUGUAAACCACUCUGAAAAUGUUGAAUUAAAAGUGGCAAAUAAAUCAAGGGUCUUUAGGCAUUUCCCCCCCUUAAAGGUGGCCUCCAGGUCAUUAACUCAAGCUUGUUCCAAAUGCAUGGAAAUGUUGUAUAUUUUAAAGAAUCUAAAACAGCAGGUAUAUUUACAAUAGUUUAUCACCACAUGUCUUAUUAUGCUUGACUAUAGCAGCACUGAGUCUGCUGGAACAUUGUGAGGGAGUUAAAUUGUGUGCGACAAAUAAUUAUUUAAAACAUCCAACCCAUACAUUUCUUGGAAACGUCUGUGCCUUUUUCCUGUGCACAGCAGGCACAUAAAAUGCAAGCAUAUACAGACAUUACUGUACAUUCCCAUGCCUACACUUUCAAAACAAUAACUUUUAGCUAAUCAAAUAUGUUAGCACAUGACAUUGGUCAGUUAGCAUAAACAUGCUAAGAAAAUAAAAAUGUAGCUACUUUUAAAAUGAUAUGCAAUACAAAUAGAUGUGGUUUUCUGACUCUACAGGUCACACCACCAAGCCAUGUUCUCAAAUGACCAUGCUGCUGGAUUAUGUCAGACAGAAUAAGAACUGGUAUACAGGUUAUUAAAAGUGUGUGGUUAUAUUUAAAAGAAAAGCCAUGACUAUAAUUAAUCCUUUUAUUAUCUAGCUUUGCUUAAUAAUAGCAAAAAUAUUCCAAGUUCUUUCUUUCUUUUCUUCCUUCUUUCCUUCUCUCUAAUUUAGUUUUUGCAUAGAGUAAAAAAAUUCUACCCCUCCAAUAUUGGGAUGGAGGUAUAGAGAUAAACUAUAAUGAUUUGUAAGUCAUUAUUAUGUAUGUAAGCCACCCCAGAAAAGUUAGAGUUAUUGGGUAUAGACUUUAAAAAUAAAUUACACUUGAUAAAUAAAUAUCUGUUAAUUCAAAGUUUCUCUUUGGAAAAAAUGCUUUUUCUCUAGCUACACAUUUAAACUUAUCUGUUUUUCUUUUCUGUAUCCUUUAGGCUGCGAACCCAUCCCUGUAAAAUAUCUGCAGUGGAGUGACAUUGAGUCCAUUGUGGCUGUGGCCUUCUCUUGCCUGGGUAUCCUGGUCACCCUGUUUGUUACGCUUAUCUUUGCCCUCUAUAGGGACACCCCUGUUGUCAAAUCCUCCAGUCGGGAGCUUUGCUACAUUAUACUUGCCGGGAUCUUCCUUGGCUACAUCUGCCCCUUUACCCUGAUUGCUAAGCCCACUGUCACCUCAUGCUACCUCCAGCGCCUCCUCGUGGGGCUUUCCUCUGCCAUGUGCUACUCUGCCCUUGUAACCAAAACCAAUCGCAUUGCACGCAUCCUAGCAGGGAGCAAGAAAAAAAUUUGCACCCGCAAACCGCGCUUCAUGAGUGCUUGGGCCCAAGUCCUCAUUGCCUCCAUCUUGAUCAGUGUGCAGCUGACCUUGGUGAUUACCCUGAUCAUCAUGGAGCCCCCUUUCCCCAUCCUUUCCUAUCCCAGCAUCAAGGAAGUCUUCCUGAUCUGCAACACCAGCAACUUAGGUGUGGUGGCCCCAGUGGGCUACAACGGACUCCUUAUCAUGAGUUGCACUUACUAUGCCUUCAAAACUCGCAAUGUGCCCGCCAACUUCAACGAAGCCAAGUACAUUGCCUUCACUAUGUACACAACAUGUAUCAUCUGGCUGGCCUUUGUACCUAUAUACUUUGGGAGCAAUUACAAGAUCAUCACUACUUGCUUUGCGGUGAGCCUGAGUGUGACAGUAGCUCUGGGGUGCAUGUUCACACCCAAGAUGUAUAUCAUCAUUGCCAAGCCUGAGAGGAACGUCCGCAGUGCCUUCACCACUUCAGAUGUGGUGCGUAUGCAUGUUGGGGAUGGGAAGACACCUUGUAGGUCCAACACUUUCCUCAGCAUAUUCCGGCGGAAGAAGCCAAGUACUGGAAACCCAAAGUAAGUAACUUGACUUUGUGCAUCUGUCAGUCUUCAUUUUUCACUUUCUUAGUCUUUUCCCGUUUUCAGGAACCUUCUUACUUUUUCAACAAGGUUUGUGAUUCUGCUACAACUUCUUUACAUGAGGAAACAAUGGAGGAAAUGAGAUCUGAACUCUGGCAUAGUCUACAAGAAUAACCUGUUCUUCCUCUCUGCUUCUCCUGUGCUACGUGUCAGGUGCAACAGGCCUACAUGCUUUUCUGCCAUUGACCCCCAACCCUGCCUUUAACCUAUUCUGCUUCGGUACACAGUGACAUGCAUACAAAAUGGCGGUCACUUUUUACACUGUAAAAUAGCAACAAAUCUUGGUAGCCAUGUUUCUACAUUUGUUCAAAAAUAUUUUUUAAUGCUUAUCACAGUAUUGCCACAUAUGGAGACGGCGGCCCCCGGCUGGUGAGCAAUAAUCCCUAUUAUACUUGUUGACCGGAUAAGACUGAGUUGAAAUAAUAAUGAUAAUAAUAAUAAUUUAUUAUUUGUACCCCGCCCAUCUGGCUGGGUUUCCCCAGCCACUCUGGGCGGCUUCCAUAGAAACCAAAAAUACACUAAAAUAUCACACAUUAAAAACUUCCCUGAGGAUGUCUUCUGAAUGUCAGGUAGUUGUUUAUCGCUUUGACAUCUGAUGGGAGGGUGUUCCACAGGGCGGGCGCCACUACCGAGAAGGCCCUCUGCCUGGUUCCCUGUAGCUUUGCUUCUCGCAAUGAGGGAACCGCCAGAAGGCCCUCGGCGCUGGACCUCAGCGUCCGGGCAGAAUGAUGGGGGUGGAGACUCUCCUUCAGGUAUACUGGGCCGAGGCCAUUUAAGGCUUUAAAGGUCAACACCAGCACUUUGAAUUGUGCUCGGAAACGUACUGGGAGCAAUGUCUUUCAAGACCGGUGUUAUGUGGUCUCGGCGGCCGCACCCAGUCACCAGUCUAGCUGCCGCAUUCUGGAUUAGUUGUAGUUUCCGAGUCACCCUCAAAGGUAGCCCCACGUAGAGCGCAUUGCAGUAGUCCAAGCGGGAGAUAACUAGAGCAUGCACCACUCUGGCGAGACAGUUCGCGGGCAGGUAGGGUCUCAGCCUGCGUACCAGGUGGAGUUCGUAGACAGCUGCCCUGGAUACAGAAUUGACCUGCACCUCCAUGGACAGCUGUGAGUCCAAAAUGACUCCCAGGAUGCGCACCUGGUCCUUCAGGGGCACAGUUACCCCACUCAGGACCAGGGAGUCCUCCACACCGGCCCGCCCCCUGUCCCCCAAAAACAGUACUUCUGUCUUGUCAGGAUUCAACUUCAAUCCAUUAGCCGCCAUCCAUCCUCCAACCGCCUCCAGGCACUCACACAGGACCUUCACCGCCUUCACUGGUUCUGAUUUGAAAGAGAGGUAGAGCUGGGUAUCAUCUGCGUAUUGAUGGACACCCAGUCCAAACCCCCUGAUGAUCUCUCCCAGCGGCUUCAUAUAGAUGUUAAAAAGUGUGGGGGAGAGGACGAAACCCUGAGGCACCCCACAAGUGAGGGCCCAGGGGUCUGAACACUCAUCCCCCACCACCACUUUCUGAACACGGCCCAGGAGGAAGGAGCGAAACCACUGUAUAACAGUGCCCCCAGCUCCCAGCCCCUCUAGACGGUCCAGAAGGAUGUUAUGGCCGCUGAGAGAUCCAGCAGAACCAGGAAACAACUCUCACCUUUGUCCCUAGCUCACCGGAGAUCAUCAACCAGCGUGACCAAGGCAAUUUCAGUCCCAUGAUGAGGCCUGAAUCCUGAUUGGAAGGGAUCCAAAUGGUCUGCAUCCUCCAAGCGUGCCUGGAGUUGUUCAGCAACCACGCGCUCAAUCACCUUGCCCAAGAAUGGAAGAUUUGAGACUGGGCGAUAGUUGGCCAUACUGGCCGGAUAGAAAGAUGGUUUUUUAAGAAGCGGUUUAAUGACCGCCUCUUUCAGCGGAUCUGGGAAUGUUCCCUCACAGAGGGAAGCAUUCACCACCCCGCAGAGCCCAUCGCCCAGCCCUUCCCGGCUUGCUUUUAUUAGCCAGGAUGGGCAAGGAUCAAGGAGAUAGGUGGUUGGUUUCACGCGUUGAAAAAGCUAGCCUGAACACUCCUGUCUUGGAAGAAAUAUUUAGCCUGAAAUGCAGCUGUGCAUUGAUUUCCCCCAGCCUAGAGCUUAGGAGACAGCUGUUGCUUCAAGCAAUGAAGCAGUUUAGACCGGAAGCUUAAGUAGAAGCUGUCAGCCAACCCCUGAUCUGAGCAGGUGCUUUCAUGCACCUCCACUUCUCCCAUGUAGCUUCGCAUGCAGCUACCCAGGCAUUUCAUCAGUGGCUAUGAAGUUCCUGCUAGGUUAGCUGACUCUUCUGCUUCUGAGGCCCAGGGGGAGGUACGGAGAUCUGAGAGGCAGGUGGUGUGGGGAUCUCCCAUUCUGGGGCAGAAGUAUCUGUGUCCAUUUGCUCCCCAGUGGAGCUCUGCUGGAUGGUUUUGCACCCCCUGCUCCUCCUCUGAGGAGACCUCAGAUUUGAGGUCUGGGCAGGGCAGAACUCCAGCAGUGCACUUGCAAUGUAGUCCUAUCUAUGGCAGCUAAGUAAACUGGGAGGAUUUCUAACUGCUAUUCCAGAUCCAGGAUUUUCAGCUCUCUUGCUUAGCAUAAUAUGAACAGCCAUGAUGGAGUGGCUACUCUCACCCAAACCACCUUGCAAGCUAUUGAACUGUGCAGCACGUUUCUAGCAAUCAGUCAAAUUCAAUUUAAACCAAUGUAGACUUCAGCUGAAUGAAUAUUUCCCUAAGAAAAAGUACGGUAAUUCUCAAAUUGUUUAUGGAUCAGGUUUCAAGGCUUGGUAAGGAAAUUACAUCUUCUUGCUCUGUUAUAUGAGUGACAGAGCCUUACAAAAAGUUAACCUAAACGUUAUUAUUUUUUUACACUUCAAGAUGAGGAAUCCCAGUAAUUCUUCUGUCUAGAGAUAUAAUUACAUACAACCCUUCCAAAGGAAAUUAACAGUUAGAUAUUUAUUGAGCUAGAUAGAGAGUAUGGGAUGGGAUGGAAUGGAAUGGAAUGUCUAAAUCUAGAAAGGGAUUUCUCAACUAAAAAAAACAGAAGUAUACACUCACUUUUAUAGUACAAGGUAGAUGGUUUUGGAGAGUUUCAUGAACAUCAUCAGACUAUUGCUCUUGUAUUACAGUGGUACCUCAGGUUAAGUACUUAAUUCAUUCUGGAGGUCUGUUCUUAACCUGAAAGUGUUCUUAACCUGAAGCACCACUUUAGUGAAUGGGGCCUCCUGCUGCCGCCGCGCCGCCGGAACACGAUUUCUGUUCUCAUCCUGAAGCAAAGUUCUUAACCCGAGGUACUAUUUCUGGGUUAGCGGAGUCUGUAACCUGAAGCGUAUGUAACAUGAAGCGUAUGUAACCCGAGGUACCACUGUAUAUGCAUAGUUGAUUAAACUAAUAGGAUUUUAGCCAGUCUUAUUUAAAUCUUGGACCUGUUGGCAACAGUUGUCUAGCUUAGAGUAAUAGAUAAAGAUGAACCAGAUCAUCUUGAUUAGCUCUGCAGAAGUUUCAACUCUACUGGAUGUCCUAGUCUGAUGUCACCAAGGUUUCAAAUUCUGGAUGGUUCUGAACCAAUUUUCUGGCCAUCUGUUUCUUUCACAGAGUGCAUGCCAAAGAGACAGAACAUUGUAAACUGCAAUAUAGAGACAGGUACUAUUUUCCGUGAAUGUAAUUCAACGUAAUUUUCACAGCUCUCAGUAUAUUUUCUCUCUGAAAUAACUUUAUUUGUUGGGUAAAGGUAAUGGGUAAUCGCUGUUGAUGUUUCACAGUCAGUAACAGACUGGGUUCUAAGGAUUCUCACCAAAGUGAUUUUGUGCGCCUUGAAUCACGAGCAACUUCAACCACUCUUUUUCUCCACUCUUAGCAACGAUUUCAAAUCAACUAAUAACAGAACCUGGACUAACCCCUUCAAAUGUAAUUUUGAAUGACAGGGAAUGGAACUAAACUGGAGGAGCAAUAUUCGCCUUCUAUAUUGUUCAUGCAUAAUUUAGACUUUGCACUCAGCCUUAAGUACAUAUUACAAGAAAACGUUUCUCUUCCUUUGGCCACUAAACAAUCUGAUGCAUUUUGAAAAGCACUGAGCACAUUCUUGAGAUAUUUUCCUUCUCUCUCUCCCGCUGGCUCUUCCCCACCCAGGAAGUAUGUAAUGACUGAAACAAACAAAAACAAACGGUCAUUGUACCUUUACUGUGACCUGGAACUAAAAGCCAAUUAGUUUGUUAAUAUGCCUUCUGUAUUUUGUGUUUGUUCAGGGCACAUGGAUCAUUAACACACCCAAAAUAAAAGCAGCAAUGUGACCUAAGUCUCCUAAUAGGCUGUUGCUGCCAGCCUUAGCAUUCACAAGGGCUUGCUUGCAAGGCAGGAAUAUGCUGCUGCGGCAGCAAAUCUCUUUUCAAGUGGGGGGCACACAGCCAUGCUAUUAUUAUGCACCAACAUAAACAUGCUGAUGGGCAUCCCAGAAGAUAACUUUGGCUUUAAAGCACUGCGUCAGCAGCCCAAGAUAAGCUAUAUUUGCACUUCUUGAGAAGAUAAUCAUAGAGUUGGGAGAACUCAAUGAUCAUCUAAGGCAGAGAGGCUGGAUUUGCCAUGACUAAGCCAUCUCUGACUGAUGUUUACUCAGCUUGAUGUAGGCAAGAAAGCCCACACAGCUUCCCCAUCUAUUUCCCUGGCCAGUAGCUCUCCACUAGCCUGAAUAUAAAAUGUAACCUUACCUUUUCGUCAUGUAAAUCAGCUACCUGUUGUUAGGAAAAGGCACUCAGCCAGUUGCUGAUUCCUAAUGGAAUACACAAGGGAAACGGUUGCUAUUCUGGGAGGAUAUCUGGGAAGAUAAAUUCAGAAAGAGAAGACUCAAUGCCCUGAGGAUGCAUUGCAAAUAUAUGACCAUAAUAGUGGAAGUAUGAGCUGAUUCUCUACUUUUUAAAAUUCAAUUUCAGAGGAUUUAUUUUACCUUUCUAACCUUUGUAUAGAUACAGAAAUGUGUAUAGAUAGCUGGUUUCUAAUUCCUGUGUCAAAGAAUACUUAUCAAUAGAUCUAGGGCAUUAACCUCCUUUAUUCAGGGUCUCAUAAGUUCUGGCUAAAGACAGUUUCUUUGGAGCAGGACACAGAGCGGAGUUGCUGCCAUCAGCCUUCAAUGGACUGCUUCGUUUUCCCAGGCUAAAGGCAUGUUGCAAAGCAUCUAGACACUUUUUAAACUGUUAACAACAGUUUAACAGUAGUCCUAGAAAUGUUAGAUCAAGUGAGAUACUUUUAUUGGUGAAACACUGAGAGACAGACUUCAGUAAAAGGAGCAAUUCAAAAAUGGAAAAUAAAACAAUACAACUUGAGAUGAAGGUCAAGUGCUGGUGUUAAACAGAACUCAAAAUGGAUUAAUUCAGUGCAAACAGCUGUCCUUAUUUGCUCUGUAGACACUGAAUUCCUUUAAAUUGUUGCUCAUCUUCAUUUUUCUUGAAUGCUCACCUGUCCAAAGCCUGAUUUUGAUUGUAAGUGAAAAAGCUGUUGGAAGGACAUUCUUAACUCACUUACUUGGAAGUUAAGUUCCACUGAAAUAAAUAGGGCUUAUUUCCAAGAGACAAUGUUUAAGGACAUGUUAUGAAUUCCUGGGGAAAGGGGCUGGACUGUUGUUUUUAAACAACUAAAUUAACAACCCUGGGAAACAGAGAAAUAAUAUGAAACAACGUCAAUCAAGAAAGGAAAAUAAGGGCAGGAAGGAGGGCAGGAUAUGCAGCGGGGCAAAAAGAGAAGAGAUUCAUUCAUGCAUUACUUAGGGUGUGAAAUGGGUUAUCCUCAGCUAUGAAAAAGCAUUUUUUCUAGCUUAAUCUUUCAGCAUGUGACUCUGCCUAAUAAAUUCACUUAAAACUCCCCAGAUUCUGCACUUAAUAAAAAUAAUUCCAUAAAGAAUUUCUAGUUUAGUAUUCUGAAAGAUAGGCUAUUUAUUAUUAAGUGAUUUGGCCAACACCCCACACCGUAUGCUGGAAAGCCAGGGUGAUAACUCACGCUUUAAAUGCCCAACUCAGUUAUUAAACCCAGAGUUCACCCUUCCUCUUUCUGUAGCUCCGUUCAUGAAAAUAUAUUUACCACAAAUCAUUCACUGUCCCAUUUUGGCACAGACUAAAGCAAAGAGUCUAGAGUGAAUACAAUGUAAUCAAAUACCUCAUUACUCACUGCUGUAGGAUAAACGCUUCUACAUUGUAAGAUGCCCAUGAAGGAAGGAAAUUCAAAGGUAUCUCUUUACUGAGAAUUCAUAAAUGUCCUCAGAAAUCCUGUGGGAUGGAAACAUUUACUCUUCAGGAGCUUUGGAAUGGGUCAAAGGGCCCCAUAUGUUAAUAACCAGAUGUUGUACUUUGCUUUGGGAUUGAUUGUAAUGAAGAGUGGGCUAUAAAUCAGAUCAAUAAAUGAUAGAUAGAUGAUAGAUAGAUAGACAGAUGAUAGAAAGAUAGAUAGACAGGCAGGCAGGCAGGCAGGCAGGCAGGCAGACAGAUAGCUGCUGUGGUCACCCCUGGGCCAGCACAUCAUCCCUGUCUUGUGGGUGAAAAUGUGCCUUGGCUCUUACCAUCUUUGCAGAUGCCUCUUAUUUUUUCUCAUAGAAAUGCCUCCAUUAAAGGAAGUCUGUCUCCCACUGGAGCACUAUGACAAGCCCUCAGAAGAAUGCAAACUUGAUCAGGGGUGCAGCUGAAAACAUGUACACCAGCUCCAUAUCUAAUGUCCCUCUGUCUUUUCAGUAGAGAAGACUGCCAUGCCUCCAAUUUUGAUCUCUGUAUUUGCUAUCGCUCAUGCUCAGUGCAUUUUUCAGCUAUUUGUUAUUUAUUAUUUCUUUGUGAAAUGUAUAAUGCCCUCCAGCAGGUGACCCCAGGGCAGAAAAUACAUGGGUUCAUUAAAACACAGCACAGUAAAAAAGAAGAUGGAGAAGAUAGAGGAGGAGAAGACACAUAGCCAUGUGGUACCCAAUUUAGAACAGCUUAUAUCAGUGCUUCCCAACGGUGUGCUCUGACCCACUUGAAAAAUAAGGCACCAUGUAACAGCAGUGGCAUGGCGUGGAUGAGGCAGGGGGGCCUUGGCCCCAGGCACAAAUUUCUGAGGGGGCACAACCAGGCACCCCCACAACAGAUUCCCUCAUCGAGGCCGGAGCUGUGAGGAGGCAAGCUGCUCCCUGGUCGGGCCUUUGGGGCUGGGGCUGCAGCGGUGCCUCCUUCUUCUUGUGGCCAACAAAGGGGUGCCAAUGUGCACCCCACCCCUGAGCCAGCCAAGAGGGAGGGAGGGUGAGGGCACCACCACCCACUGAGGACAAGGGGAGGAAGAGAAAGGUGGGAAAGCACUGUUGGAGCCACAGAGCGCCCACUGCAAGGACAGGAGGGCAAGGCAACACAAUGGCAUUCCUAGUUCCAGGUUGGGACUGGUUUGCAAGGAGAGACUCCCUUGAUUAGACGCUGGCCAGUGAAGGGCUUGAACGCUGCCCAGUCCACCAGAUGGGCGCAAUACUUGCCCCACCCCGGGCGCUGGCAACCCACACUAUGCCCCUGUGUAACAGUCACUCUGACAGAAUAGGGAUUGUGAUGGAAUUUCCUGAUACAACAUGUGUUAGUUACAGUUGAUAGAUGAGGGACUUUGACAAAAUAUUUUUGAGAGUCAAAGCAGAGAUGACCAUUAUCUACCUGAUCAGCCCCAUCCACAUAUUUGCCAACACUUCCAGAGACCUCUAAAAGGAAAGUCAUGCUGAUUCUUCUUCAGCCAGACUUGUUCUUCUUCAUGCUUGGUAAUUCUAUACAGUGGUACCUCGGGGUAAGAACUUAAUUCGUUCUGGAGGUCCAUUCUUAACCUGAAACUGUUCUUAACCUGAGGUACCACUUUAGCUAAUGGGGCCUCCUGCUGCCGCCGCGUGGCCGCCAUGCAAUUUCUGUUCUCAUCCUGAAGCAAAGUUUUUAAUCUGGGGUACUAUUUCUGGGUUAGCGGAGUGUGUAACCUGAAGCGUCUGUAACCUGAAGUGUCUGUAACCCGAAGUACCACUGUAUUGAAUAAUGCUUUCCAUAAAUUUACCAAGAACAGAACUGAUUUCCUGGAUUCCCAGAUCUCUCGAUAAAAAUUGGUGUUGCAUUGCUCUGUGAGGCACUUACAUUUGUAUCUUAGGCAGACAGAGGACGGGUUUGUUCCCAAACCCCCAAACUUUAGAACAAAAUCAUGUUUUAUUCUUUACUGUUUGUUAUUCAGAUUUUACCAAUUAUUCUGACUUCGGUAAAUGCACCUUUUCCCAAAUACUGCAGGCAGGCGUGCAGCUAACACAAAACAAUAAUUAAAGAUUUCAGUGCCAAGCAUCUACCCCAGACAGUCAUACAUUUGCCAACAUUGCUGGCUCAACUUCAGUCCUUUUGUAGGACACACAGGACUGUGACAAAUAAUGGCUGUUUUCCAGGUCUUCCUUUUGUGUGAGAUGAAUUUCAAGUAGGAAGUUCAACAAGCUUAGAUGCAUUUUAUAUUGUCAGCUUAUAGAUUUAAGAGAAUAUUUAAAGCACCCAUGAGAUGCAGGGCAACAAUUUUUUAAAGGAACUGUCACAGUUAAAAUGGGUUGGGGGGGUAAAUACAACGGAAACUAAUGCAGCCAACGAGAUCCGAAUUAACAUUUAAACCUUGAUUGCACGAAAGCCGAAGGCCUGCUCAAUCGAUUCAGUCUCUCUAUUUAUACUUUGCCUCAUCUCAUUUGCAUUUAAUUUCAUAGCGUAGGCUGCUGUGGCCCUGUCCAAUGCAAAUGAAUAGGGGCACACACUCAGGUUAUUCCAUAUUACUCUAUGUAGCCACAUUGCCAGGUAUAGAUUUCCGAGUCAGAUUGGGAUGGAAUGAGCAUGGGAACAUCCUAAGAACAUAGGAAGCUGCCUUAUACCAUGCCAAGCCAUCGCCCCAUUUAUCUCAUUACUGUUGAAAUGGACUGGCAGUAGCCCUCAGGUUUUCAGACAGGAGACAUUCCCAGCCCUACUGGACCCUCACAUGUUAUCAUAAACAUGUGAACAGAGAUGUGAGUGAGUUCUGGCAGCAUAGUGGAGUAAGAAAUGAGAACCUAAAAAUCUAUCUGGGCAAGACGCACUUAUGGGAGGGAUUUGACUUUUCCUGUCUAUGACAGAGGGAGAUAGAUUGGAUGUAAAUGCCCCCAUCUCCAUCGGAGGAAUGUUGGAGAGUAUGGGUUUCUAAACCUCUGCAUCUCUCCAUCCUUGCUGGCCACAGUUCAAGCACACAUUCCAGCCAGGCAAAAGCACUGGAGGAGGACCAGGGAAGGGCAUGGUCUGGGCAGAGGGGGUGUAUCUGGAGAGAGCAUUGAAGGCCAAAUCGAGGGACUUGGAUAGCCACUCUUGGCUCCCUGGCCUGAGGUUCCUGACCUCUGAUCCACAGCAAGUUAAUAGAGCUUUCCCACAGCAUACGUCAUAGCUGGCAUUCCAAAUGGUGCAUUUAUCAUUCUGUCCCUGCCUUCUUACAUAGUCAGUAGCAAGAUCAUUGAUUCAAUUAUGCGGUGUUGUUUGUCUGUAAAAAGCUAUUAUAAAAUUGAAAAUUUUACCUAGAGUUCCAACUUUCUCAUCCAUCUUCCUAUUUUCAUUAUUCCAUCCAUGACGCAAUUUAAACAAACAAAAUAAGAUAAGAUGAUUUAUACGGCACAAUAAGUGCCAAAACAUCUUCCUCUACUCGGUUUUGGUAUGAUAAAGAAGUUGCCAAAUGGAUUGUACUAAGCCAAGGAAGUCUUGCUGUCAGCCAAGGUCUUACAAGGAAGGGGAAAUAUUUGGAAACAAACAAGUUCCACAUUCUAGAUUAUGACUGGUAAAGAAAAAGCGAUUUAUAUGCGUUGUAUAUGCAAUAUAACAUUCUGCCACCAGAUGACACUGUGGAGUCCCAUUUUUCUCUACCUGUUUUCCCUGUUUAAAUUUACGACGCAUUUAACUGAAACGCUUCUUUGAUGUAUCUAGAUCCAGCCUUUGUAUAAACCAGCAUGUUAAAUUAACUGCUUUACCAUCACCUCAGUCAGCAAUUGUCUGCAAUAUAGAUUAAGUGAAAUAGCUUGAAAUGAGUUUGGAUAGCCCAAGAGGGUCUUAGACUUUCCAGCUCCAUGCCCCAUGUUCAAAUGCUUUGGAACUGCAGAGUGGGUAAAAAUAAAAAUUUUGCUUUCUGCAAUUAGUCGUGAAGGGGAAACUGUUCAACUUUUAAAAGCCAAACAUUCCCCCAGGUUAACAACAACCCCCUGAUAGGAACUUUAGCAAUUCUUUGGAUUCUGAUUAUAAUAUAAAACAAAAUUUCAUCUCAAUAUUGAGGAGGUUUUGCAAUUUUACAAAACGUUCCAUGCUUCCCAUGUUGGAGGUCACAAAUGUAUCACUGUGGAAAAUAUAAGGAAAUGCUUUCGUCAUGGCAUAACAUGUCAGGAAUAAUCCACACACCAGUUACAAUUUAAUUUCUUGCUUGACUGGAUUUCAUACUACGUUUUCUUGUAUUGGUACCUUUGUGAAUAUACGUAUAUUUCAUUUGAGCAAUAGGAAGAAACUCACAACAAUUCAGUUAGCCUGACAUGGAGAAAUGUCUCUAUUUAACAGUGAAAACUGUUCUCACCUGUAUGAAGUGUUUUUUGGUGCCAUCCCAUUUUGAGGUCCUUAUAUCCAUAUCAGAAGUUCCAUUUCUCUUCUUACUGGCUCGGAUAAAAGCUCAGCCUUGCAGAUAAGUAUCUGGUGCACAAAUGAGAUAUGAGAAUCUUUCCUUUUUAUGGAGUCUUUCUGGCAGAACUUGCAGUGACAGCAUCUUACUUAGGGUAGAACAAUUCGGGGGGGGGGACAAGUCUGCACUGUGAUAAAACUGUUUUUCUUACUGAAUAAGCAGAGUAGUAGUUCAAUGGGUCAUGAAAAUUAUGUUUUCUAAAUAUUUGUUCUCAGGGAUGGGGUGUUUCACCACUGCACUUGAGGGAUCGUUGCACGUACUCUCCUCAAAACAAAGAUAUAUAUGUGUCACUGUCCAUCAGUACGGAGACAUGCUGCAAUAAAAUAAAAUGCAAAGGAGAGUCAUAUUCUACAGCUCUGAACCGCUUCAGGUUUCUUUACACCUUUCACAGGAACAUGGGAUAUAACUUGUAUUUAUGAUCUAGAGUUCCUGAGAUGCAAGAGUGUCACAGAAUUUUCACCUAAAAAUAACCCUUACAUGUCUAUUCAGAAGGGAGAUCCUUAUAUGCAUCUGUGGGCACAAGUACCUGCUGCUGGCUAUGAAGAUACCUAGCCUGGAACUUAAGAUGUCCUGAGAGUUAAGCCAGUGUAGUGGCAAUGCAAAACCUAGAAGGCCAGGAGUGCCGGGCAGUGAAAUUUUUUGUAGGUUAGGGCCAGAGGCGCCAGCUUGUGAAAACAAUGGGGAGGGGCUCUUGGACCCCAUCAGACCUCCCUCCCUUAGCCAGGAAGAAGCUUCCCAGAUUUGGGGAAGAAAGUGCCAGGCUUUAAUACUUUAAUAUUCUAAUUUACCAGUGACAUUUAGGGAACUAGCAUAGUCUGACUACACACCACUGAAGGCCAGGGUUCAAAUCCAGACUCAGACAUGAAGCUCACUGUGCGGCUUUGGGCCAGUCAUGUUGUCCCAGCCUACCUCACAGGGUAACUGUGAGGAUAAAACGGAGAGGUUGGGGGAGCAUGUAGGCCUCUGCCAGGUCCUUAGAGGAAAAGUGGACUAUAGUAGUAGUAGUAACCAUCAUCACAUUUCAUCGAACUUGUUGGGACAUUCUGUCACAUAAUGCUGACAUUUCAACAAUAUUAUGAAGCCACCUCAUGCACUAAUGGCAGCUUGAGGGCCCAGGUGCCAGCGCCAGGGCUGUUGGUGGGUGGAGAUUUUUGUGAUUACUUCUAUAUCUCCACCAAGCACCCUACACUUGGGGAGAAAUUUGGGGCAUUAUAUAUGUUCAAGUUUCUGUGAUUAAGCUGUUCAUCACUGCACCAUGUUAAUGGACAAACUACCCCAGGGUAAUCGGGGCACGACCCUUCAGUUUGGCCUAUGCAAAUGAAGAAAUGGAAAUAGGCAGAUAGAAUUCUCAGUCGCUUCCCUUAAACCAUAUCUGACAAACGAAAUUGAGUACUGUGCAUUAGGAUCGGGGUUGGGGAGCAGCUCCAGCGAUUUCAAUCCUAUUGCAUCAAAUCCCUUACCUGAACAUACUGUUCUCCCUAAUUUGAACCAAGACAAGUAGAUAAUUAACACAUAAUGAUGCACAUCAUUUUUCAACCAGGAGUCAAAUGCUCACAUAUCAAGCUGCCUUUAAACUUGGACUAGUUAAUCAGAAGCAUUGUGAAUUUGAAAGGCCUAAUAAAAAAGGCCACAGUUGCUAAGCUUCAGACUGUCAUUGCAUAUAUAAUUUCUUGUUUUGGAGAGCCUGUCAUUGCUGGUAAAGGUUUUAAUUGUGAGUGAGACACCAAGGUGAAUGGAAUGAAUGCAAGGAAACGACCCUGGAAUGAGACUGACUUGCACCUCUAAAUUACAUCAAAAAAUUCAAGUAAUCAUUCAAUCAAAGAAUCCUUCAUUUUCUGAGCCAAAUGCAAUCUUAAUACUAUGCAUACUGAUUAUUUGGUCGAGAGCAAAAAUUGCAGAGUUUUGUUCUAGAUGCUUUUAGAGCAAAACUACAUUGUUUGUCUUUCUGCAGAAUUCUGUCUGGUAGAAGAUCUGUGCCAGGAAAUAGCAAUGCUGACACUAGGUGAAUAAAUUUUCUUUGAAAUCCGGGAUCAAAUCUUCUGCGAAAUACGCAACCUGCCAGAAUGUCAUGUGUAGGGCACCAUAUCCCUCCUUCUCAUCAUGGUUAUAGUUGUCUCUAUUCUGGUGAAGCCAACCAAUCAGCUGUAUGCAACAAAAUCCUUGCAUACACACAGAGAGCAAUCCUAACACAACUACACUAAACAAAAUAUUCCCUGAACCCACAUAUGUUCAUCCACUCCCUGCAAGAAGCUUGCUCCCAGGGUCCCUGGUCCUGGGUAGAAAAAAUGGUUCUUAAAUUACAGUUUCUCAACAAUUAUAAGCCAUCCUCUCUCCCAAGGGAUUAUUCUGCCUCAAGCAGUUCCAUCCAUUAAAACCCUAAGCCUCCCAUGGGCAAAUUGUUAGGCACCUCACUGUUGUGAAGCCUACAGCAGGGAUGGCGGAAUAUGGCUUGAGGGCCAUAUUCCCUUGUAGACAGCCUUCUGGGGGCCACGUGCCAGCUGUGGACAGGGCCAGAGGCAAAGUCAGCAGAGCAACAGAUGUGACUCCUACCAUUGUAGAGUACGCUCCAUUACAGCUGCACACAAGUCUAAAGGUUUUUACAUACACACAGCUCUUCAUCCAGUCAAGCAAGGUUCAUUUGCUUGGUACAAAGACACACUUCAUCCAGGCAAAAGCACUAUAGGAAAGCAUGGAGCUAGAUCAGUGAGCAGGUGUGAUCUGGGGAGAGUUUUGAGGACUAAAUAAAGAUCUCCAAAGAGCCAUAUUUUGCUCCCAGAUCUGAAGUUCUCUGCCUCUGCUGAACAGCCUUCCUGUCACAUAUUUCCAGGCACCAACACCUACCUCUUCUUCCUAGCUGGCAGAUGCAAGAGAAUUAGGCCUGGAGCAACUUUCUCAUUAUGGUGGCUAUGUGGCCUAAUUUAGAGUCCUCUCUUUGAAGACACUCUUUGAGGGACACGGGUGGCGCUGUGGGUUAAACCACUGAGCCUAGGGCUUGCUGAUCAGAAGGUCAGUGGUUUGAAUCCCCGCAACAGGGUGAGCUCCCGUUGCUCGGUCCCUGCUCCUGCCAACCUAGCAGUUGGAAAGCACAUCAAAGUGCAAGUAGAUAAAUAGGUACCACUCCGGUGGGAAGGUAAACGGCGUUUCCAUGCACUGCUCUGGUUCGCCAGAAGCGGCUUAGUCAUGCUGGCCACAUGACCCAGAAGCUGUAUGCCGGCUCCCUCAGCCAAUAAAGCGAGAUGAGCGUCGCAACCCCAGAGUCGGCCACGACUGGACCUAAUGGUCAGGGGUCCCUUUACCUUUACCUUUGAAGAGAAGUCAGAGGGCAGCCCUCUGUUUGUAGGACUGUCCAGCCCAAGUCAAGUUUAAAGACAAAGAACCAUGUGAAGAUAGAGUGCAAGGCUUAGAAGUUGACCUUCAACAGUUAUCACCUAGAGAGCUGACUGAGCAAUCACAUAGAUCAACCGGUCACAGUCUUCUCUUUUUUUAGUGACAUGUAAGUGGCUACCCUGCUUUUCAUAGUAUGUAGUUUAGUGCCCCACUUAAAUGGACACAUCAACACACACACCCCCAAAAAAUCCUAAGUCUGAAUGUGCUAAUAGCACGUAAUGCUAUGUCGCCUUAUGGUUGCAGUAGUUCAUGGUCACUAAAUCACCUCCUGCUAGCUGACAUUAAAAUCCUGAUUAGACUUAAUAGCUAGUCCAAGCCAGCAGAAAGGUAGCAUUCGUGACUUUUUAAAAGAAAACAUUUCCAUUUAACUUUGGGAACAUUGCAUUGGCAGCUUGCUACUGCACAGUAUAUCAAAGAGAAGAAAAUAGAAAUGUAAUGUAAUGUAAUGUAAUUAACAUAUCUAUAGUUAUAGGAUUCCAACCAAUCGUAUCUUCCAAGCAAGAUACAUUAAAAGGGAGAUAUCUAUUUAACUUUACAGGGCAACUUUUGCAUAUACAUGAGAACCAAAUAGUUCCCCAGGAGUCCAAGAAACCUUUUGCAGUAAGAUAUUCCAACAAGUUUCUUCUAAAUUCAUUUAUUCUUGCAUCUUCACCCCAUUCACACUGAAAAUUUAGCCCAGAGUUGUAAGAAUAUUUGUAAGCAGAAGUAGCAGUUUAUUGUGAAGUCUUUGCAAUAUGACACAAAUGUUAGGACAAUAUAACACACACUUCUAUAAUAAGAAAUUAACAUAAAAAGGAGGGAGGGAGGGAGAAGCAAGGUUUAGACCAAACUUGGCCCUCCAGAUGUUUUGGGACUAAAACUCCCAUCAUCCCUAGCUAACAGGACCAGUGGUCAGGGAUGAUGAUGGGAACUGUAGUCCCAAAACAUCUGGAGGGCCAAGGUUGGCCAUGCCUGGUUUAGACAGUCUGUUCCAUCACUCCUACAGUUUGGUUCAUUCUUGUCCACAAACUGAAACCAGGACAUUUUGCCACUGAGGCAAAACAGAAAAUGCCACCCUGCCGACUCCUCCCCCACCCCCGAUGACAAAUCCUCCCCAGCCACCAGCCCCACUGACCACCUUUGCCACUCCCCCCUUUUUUUCUGUCCAUGAGAAAAAAGGGAGAAAAAGGAGACCAAAUUGAGACCUGUGGAGGGGAGGAAGAGGGGAAAAGGCAAAGGGGGAGGGGGAGGGGUGGUGCUCUCCUCAUGGACCCAGGUAUGCUAUCCAUCCCAACUGUCCCAUAUCUGCUGUCCUGAGGCAACUGCCUCACUAAGCCUCAGGGGUGUGCCAGAAACUGAAACAAGAAACUGGAUAAUUUUUAAAGUAACAAAUUUAUCUACAUAAUUUUCACAAAUAUAACAUGUGAAACCGUGACCAGCCUACUAUUCUAGCAAAAAAAUGUGGCGCUGUGGAAUGGGGCAGGCUAGUAGUUCCUCUCUAGCAGUUCAGUAAAUGAAGCACAGAAUGUUUGUGAAUAUUCUUAUCCUCACACCAGCUCAGGUAAGUGCUAGCCUAUGCUGACUUCAGGUACUUUGUUUUCCCCCUCAAGUUCCUGUGACACUUUUGAUGGUGACAUAACUGCAAUUUUAUCAGUAAAUGUACUGUGCUUUAAUUUGUCAUCUGCCUCAUUACUAUGGCCCAAAAUAUCACCCGUACUGAGACUCAAAUUCUAAAAAUAAUAAAAAAUAAAAAUCAGAAAAGCAAAUAGUGACAAUGGCUUUUAUGGAAAGGCAGGGCCCGUGCACUGCGAAAAGCUAUCAACAAUCCGAAAAAGGGGAUGUAGAAUAUAUGUGCCCUCUUUCCAAGGACUUGACCACUGUGAAAGAAAAACCUCCAUAUAUUGUGCAAGUUCCAAUAUGAAUGUGGCAUAUAGACCCACCUUGCAAAUAAAUUAGUACCCCACAAAAUUCCCCCCUAAGCCUGGCUAUCCCUACAUGUUAAUUGUGCUAGUUACUUCUGACAAUCAGUUGUCCAAGGGGAGAAAAGAACCAGCUGACUCUGUGAUUGCUCAGAAUCAGGUCUAAUUCACCACAGGCAACCAAACAAAUAGCUAAUUACAAGCUAUUUAAGCAUGACUAAGAGGUGUUUCCACUCAUGCACAGCACCAUUAUUAUCAUCUGGAGGUUAUAUGUUAUUUAGAUUUCUUUCCUGCUCUCCUGUAGGAAGCUCUGGAGGACAACCAUUAUACAUUUCUCUUAUUUUAGCUCCAACACAGGGCAGGAAGUUAUGUUAAGGGUGCUAGUGCAUUGCCCAUUCCAUGAAGCACAGGGAUUUUCACUUAGCUCCCCCUUAUCCAAAACAAAAAACAAAGAAGCUCACAGCACAGUAUCCACUGCAUAACCACCCUCAUUUUUAAAUGCAUAGCAACUUGGUAGGCAAAGAAGAAAGGAAUACCAUAUGGCGAAUAGGGUAGAUAGAACCACUUAAGUCAUGUAGACCUGGAGAAGACACCUGAAGCAGCACAAGAAAGGCUGGAAGUAGGCCAGGGACAAGCACCCAACUGAGUGGUACAGCUGCCAUGAAUGUGCAUGUGGAUAACCACUCACUGGGUGUCUUUUUCUUUUCAAUCCUCAGGAAGAGGCAGCCAGAAUUCUCGCCCACCAGCCAGUGUCCGUCGGCCCAUGUGCAGCUUUGAAAACCCCCAAACUGCAGUGAAUGUGUAAGAGAAGCUGCAUGACAAACAGUGGUGUUUGUUGUUAUAUCUUUUUUAUUUUUAUUUUUUACCCAUUGCUUUCUCUUUCUCAUGACUUUUCUCAUUCCGGAUAAUGGGACAAAUGUGGUGCAUGCCAUUAAUGAUGGAACAGUUGCUUAUGUGUCCCAUUUUUCACACUGCCUUGACUCUUGCUUGUCCAUAUAUUCUUCAAAGGACACUGUGGAAUAAUUUUUGAAAGAAACUCUUUUUUUCUCCCCAUGGUUGUCACUUCCAGCAUCUGCUGAUCAAAUUGCAAAACGAAAACAAAAAAUACGUACUUUUCUUGUUCGUUUUAUCUUAACCCCCGUCCUUUAGCCAACACUGUUUUCCCCUGUUCAGAGUUUUGCAUGGAGCUGAAACGAUCCUGCCUACUUGCAAUGACGGCUUUAUAUUUUCUCUAGUGGCUGCUGCAGCUUUGCUGUGCCCGAUUCUUCUUGACAGCCCGGGUUGGUGAACUUCGGCUGCAGGUUUUCACAGAACACUGGUUUGGUGGAGUGUGCAAAACACAGAGUUUCGUGCUGACGACCAUUUAUGGCCAUACAGGAAUUUUGAAGUGCAAACACUCAAGCAAUGAGAUAGAAGAUUUUAAUUAUUACUUUUGAAAGUAAUAAUUAAACCCAAUUGAUUCUUCCCUUUCUUGUCACAUUAACAUGUGUUUACAGAUUAGUAGGUGCUAAGUCACAGAUUUGGGGCUGAUGAAAACAGGUUAAUAAGCAGAAUUAUGUUAGGAAAAGGAGAAGAAAAUAGUCAUUAUAGAAGAGGUAUGUUUUCCAACAUGAUGCUUGUGGUAGAAAGUGGGAGACAAUUAGUUUUAUUGAAGUUCAAAUCAAGCUGAUAAUGAGAACAGCAGUAUUCUGGUUGGGAAAUUUAACACAGAGAAGGUAGUGACAGACAAAAGUAGUGAGAACAUGAACCAAGUAGAAAUAAUAAUGUGACAGAAGCCGUGGAACAGCUGUUAGCCAAGAAAAAGAGACUUCACAGAUAUAGUGGUCAUUUCAGUGUUUUAACAGAGUUAAAACAUUUCAUUGUUUUAACAGAAUUUAACUGAAACCCAAAUUGAAUCUUCAAAGCAAACAUUGACUUUCCUACUCAGACAAAAUACUCAAGGAAGGAAACAAACAAAAACCCAACAAUAUGAUAAAAUACUCUUUGCAUAGAGGAUGUGCACCCCCACCUAGAAGCUAUGGAAACACGCAUGCUAUUGACUGACAAGCUGUAUUGUUGGCAAAUUCAGCAUCUCACCAGCACCACAUACAUGCUGGGGGUCCAGGUUUUCUGGGGAACCUCUCCAUGCAGUUGACAAAGAUCAAACCUCUGGAGUUAACCACCAAAUUUAACCCACAGCAAUAUUCUGAUGUAACAUCUUAGGAGAAACAUCCUUAAGUUUAGACUCAACACUUUCCAGCAGUGGCAGGGAACCUGUGGCCCGCCAACUAUUAACAGACCACAAGUCCCAUCUCUCACAAAUAGCCAUAGUGAUGGGAGUUGGGAGUCCACCAGCACCUGGAAGGCCAGAGGUUCUCCACCUCUGCUUUAGAGGGAAGCAAAAAGAGUUUCAACAAGGCUAGCCAAAUUCCCAAGGCCUGUGAUAUUUAGGAUGCAAUCCUAACCUGAUAGUAAGCCUCCUUGAAUUCAAUAGGACUUACUUCUGAGUAGACAUGGUUGGGAUUGUACUCUGAAUCAGACUGAAAGUCUAACAAACUCUUGUAUGCAGUUUUUAAAAACAAAUGUUUGGUAUGCAACUAUUUGUGAUAUAUUUUAUGAAUAUUUAUUAAAUUUCUAUACCACCCUUCGUCUGGGGAUCACAGGAGGGUUUACAAUAUAAAAAUUAAAAAGGAACCAAUGAAACAACCACCAUAACAACGUUCCACACACAGUUUAAAAACCGUAGAUUGUUUAAUUAGCCAAAGGCCUGGGAGAAGAGAGUUUUUCCUGGCACUUGAAGAUAUGUAACAAAGGCAUAGUAUGAAUGAAGAAGGAUUUGCAAUAUUUACUGGCAGCUCCCAGAUUUUCAGCAUAUCAUAAAAUGUCAAUUACAGUGACUGAAACACCAUUUAGAACCAUCUAACUGUAACUGCAGCACAAACCUUUAUCUAUGUAGAGUGCAAACCCAGCAGAUCUUGCUUCUGAGUAAGGUGAAUUAAAACAUGAUUUGCUAGGAAACAGGUCCUGAUGAAUUAUAUGUAAGGACAGCCAUAUUAGUUCUUUCCUUAACAGAAAAUCAUCCCUGCCAUAAUAUCAAAAGUACAUUAGGAUUUCCUAUUUCAAAGCGUGGUUCUGUUGUAAGCAGAUUAAAUUCAUCAAAGCAGCCUUGUUAAAACGGAAAUUAAAAGUGUGUUAGUUCUGUGUAUAUCAUGCAGGUAGGUUUUCUGUUUGUGUUUAUAUGUAUUAAUCAGUAUAGCUAUUCAAAAAUGUUUUAUAGUGUAGUGUGUAUUGUCUUCCAUUCUAUACAAAUAUAGAAUUACAGAACUUAGUCACACAAGUCCAUGGACAGCUGUGAAUCCAAAAUGACUCCCAGGCUGCGCACCUGGUCCUUCAGGGGCACAGUAACUCCAUUCAGGACCAGGGAGUCCCCCACACCCACCCGCCCCCUGUCCCCCAAAAAUAGUACUUCUGUCUUGUCAGGAUUCAACCUCAAUCCAUCAGCUGCCAUCCAUCCUCCAAUCGCCUCCAGGCACUCACACAGGACCUUCACCGCCUUCACUGGUUCUGAUUUAAAAGAGAGGUAGAGCUGGGUAUCAUCCGCAUAUUGAUGAACACCCAGCCCAAAUCCCCUGAUGAUCUCUCCCAGUGGCUGCAUGUAGAUGUUGAAAAGCAUGGGGGAGAGGACAGAACCCUGAGGCACCUCACAAGUGAGAGCCCAGGGGUCUGAACACUCAACCCCCAACACCACUUUCUGGACACAGCCCAGGAGGAAGGAGCGGAACCACUAUAUAACAGUGCCCCCAGAUCCCAGCGCCUCUAGAUAGUCCAGAAGGAUGUCAUGGUCAAAGGUAUCAAAGGCUGCUUAGAGAUCCAGGAGAACUAGGAAACGAGUGUGAGGAAAUUAACCAGGAACUAUCUUUAUGCAGCAAAUAAUGCAUUUUAUCAUUGAGUUCCAAUCAUCCCCCUUCCCAGUUCUUCCUUAACUCUCCCCAAGCCCUUCCCAAAUGUAAAAGCUCUCCAUAUUUUAGAGACUCAUUACCUGAGGGCAAACCCCUGCCUCACCUCCUUGCUAAGACACAACAGAUUGCCUGUGCCACAAAUCUCCUCAGCAUCCAUACCUAUAGGGCUCCCUUUGUCAUGAUGCCUGAGUCCUGCUUAAAGUUUUGUGUGUCCCUUGCUUUUAAAUUGCUGUGGUAUUGAGUCUCACUGUUCACAGUGCCUUUGUACCCAAUGGUCUCAAUCUUCUGGUUGUUGCCAUAUUAUUAGCACACCCUUGUUUCUAAAAUAUUUGGGUUUUUCCAGGGCAACUGGUUGUUCCUGCGGCUGACCUUGCAUCCUCCCCCACACUUCUUGAAUCUUUUUACGUACUUACUUACACACACACAAUUGUAUUGUAUAGUCAUCGGUAUCAAAUAUGUCUGCAUUUGUAUUUUAUUACUUUUUUUUGUCUUAGUGAUUACUGAGGCUGAAUUUGUACCAUGUGUGUUUGUUCUAAACGUACUUGGUGGAGAGGGACCCCUUCAAGCUUCUGUGUCUCUAAUGGGCAAGAUGAAUGAAUGAAUCAAUUCAUUAUGGUCAUGGACAUAUACAGUGAUAGAGAAAAUGGGCAAGAUGAGUGACAUCAUGUCUGAUAGGUAGAAUUCCACUUGUCACAUAGUUUGAGCCAAUUUUGCCUUGCUGUUUUUAUCAAUUCCCAUAUCUAUUCAAGUGAUACAAAUCAAAUGCACACUGUAGAUUUUGCAGACUUGUGCUGGGUGGAUGUACCAAGGCUACAUUUAAAUAAUAGUGCUUUUAAUUUGCUAUUUGUGCUAGCACAUGAUAACCAAGUCACUGGAAGCCUCCAUCCCAAUAGCCACCACUGAAAAAGCUCUUCUCUAUGUGACUAGGCUGCUAAGUGUUCUUCUGAGUUCACUCUAAGGAUGCUUCCAGACAGGAGUUUAUACUGGGUAAUUGGUGCUGUUCAUGCACACAAUUCUUUUUUGUAGUGCCCACACAAUAUCCUUGUCAACAGAAUGUCAGCUCAUACUUUUUAAAAUUUUAGCCCAGAUUUCCCAUUUCCAUGGAAAAUCUGAUUCAAAAAAAUAAACCUUAGUGAUCUGCAGUCACUUUUCAGCACAUUAAUUUAGUCUCGUUCCAUGGUUUGUCACACAUUGUGACAUUUGGGUGGAUGGAUUCUAAUGCCACACUCAUCCAGCCCAUUCUGUUUUCAGUGGCUCAAAUGAUGCAAGUGUGCCUAUUUCCAGAGAUUGCCACAUGAUGAGGGCACACCUGAAUUUCAGCAAACCAGUUGCUAUGAGUUUUUCUCAAAAGAUCUCCUAAAAAUACACAUGGCAAUUACCUCAGAGGUUGUAUUCACAGUACAUAUAUCUGUAUUUUUAAUUAUUCUCAACAAAACCAAUACAGUGAUCUUGUGCAAGAUCUCAGUAUCACUCUUGUACUAGGCUUAGAGAAACACCACUCAUAAGCAAGUGGAAAUGUAUAUUGCUCACACUCAUACCUCAAAUCACAAGUUCCCAUUUUGCAUGUUCUGGCUGGUAAUAUUUCCUCUUGCACUCAUGAGCACUUCCUGGGUUGUUGUUUUUUUAAAAAGUUGUGUGCGUGGUGCGCGCGCACACACACACAGAGAAUACCACUGCACUUGCCCACCAACAGCAUUGGAGGGCUGGAAAUGAGUGAUUGAGGGGAAUAAGAUGGGAAGCCCUCCAGGUACAUUUUCUCAAUCUUCACCCACUUGUGUGGACAGCAAGCAGCAGAAUAACAAUGAAUAUCCAUGACUGAAAAAACAGGAAUGUGUGGAAGUUAAUGUGCUUUGAACAACCUACUUGCAAUAGCAGGCCCCUGUCUGGAAGCACCCCAAGAUGGCUGGUAUUAAGUCUGCUGGAAAUUCCAACAAAAGCCUUUUAAGUAGAGAUCUCCCCCAGUCUGUGUCUGUAUUGGAAUGGUUUCUAAUAUGUUUUUGUUGUUUUUUCAUUUGUGUGUUUGCCGCCUCUGGCUCCUUUGGGAGGAAGGGUGGGAGCUGGGUUUAAUAAAUAAAAUGAAUGGGACUUAAGUCCCACUAGGCUGUUAGUGAGGAUAAGAAGAAAAUAGUUCAGUAUAUUGUUUGUUUGCAAAAAAUGUCUAUAACCACUAAUGUUAAGGGUGGGGAGACCAAGCUGGUGAACAGCUGUAAAUUAAACACUGAAAUUAUGUGCAUAAAACAAGUACAAAAAUAUCACAAAUAAGUACAUUGGCUUAAUACAUCAACUUAGUUGGUUCACCCCCUUAUGGGAAGCCUGGGUGAAAUAUGAAUUUUAAGCAUGGCACCUAAAUUCCAGAUGCAUGCCUGGUAUUAAUUUGGGAGUAUAUUCCAAAGGCUAGUUAAAUAAAGGAGAAAUCAACUUUUUAUUGCAGGUUCCAGUUCUGACAAAACAGAUUUACUCGAAACAUCAAUAUGCAAUUCCUUCCACGGGACAUGGAAUCCUUUGUCUGGAGCAAUCUUGAAAUCUCUUCCAUUGGUGCUUUCUUAAAAAACAAAAAAACAAAAACCUGUAUGAGGAACAUUAGUCAAAUUUAAUUUGGAUAUAAGAUUUUUACCAUUUCAAGGGAAUAAGCUUGAUCAUGAACCUCAAUAUACUUAUUAUGAGUGGACCAAACACUGAUCAUUAUUUUUAAAGCAUGAUGGAAUAAGUUGGGAUUCUGUAUACUAGAAUUGCCUGAGAAUGUGGUAGAGAAAAAGCAUAAUACAAGCUUAGAUGGGACCCAGAAAUGUAAAGUGUAUGGCACGUGGGAAUAUAACAUUAAAUAUUUUAAUUCUACUGCCAUAGAUUUAGACAUGUGUUCUAAUGAUUAUGGAUUGCAUCUUCCAAAACUUUCAGGUGAAGUGAAUCUAACAUUGAUUAGCGGUUUCCUGUCCCUGCAGAGAACAUUGAAACCAAAAUAACUGAAGCCAUCCAAGUUGCCUGACCAGGGGGCACAUUUGGAAUUUUGAGAAAGUGCCUUUGUUGCAAGUCACAAAAUUGCUGUCAUAGGGGUGUGGCAUAACACAAAAUGGCUGUCACAUCUAAAACAGCUGAAAUACUGGACCACAAAAUGGUGCAGGCAUACUCCCUCAUCAGUUCACAAUGAGGGGAGCACCUACAGCGGCCAUCAUACUUGCUCAAAGAGAGAUGCCCUUUGCACUUCAGAAUAAAAGGGAUAGUAAGUGUCCAGUCCUGGCAUACAAUAAAUUGUGGGAAUGUUUAAGCAGGUAUGCUCAAUGUAGGAGAAUUUGAGCAAAUAGUCUCUUGUGUAUUGUGGAUCUUUGAGGGACUAUUUCCUGAGUGACACAGAAGGCACUGGCAGGCACAUUGGCACCUAUGGGCGCCUCAUUUGUGACCUCUGUUCUACAACAUGUUGCCACCACAACAAGGAAUAAUUUGGUUUCCCUUUUAUAAAAAACAGAAAGUCUUUGCUGUUUCUCAAUGUAGUAUUUCCCUGUAAUUGCUUCUGAGUGGAGGCAAUAUUACAGAGCAGAACUAAGGACAGUUUUGCUAUUGUAGCCUCUCUUUUCCUGAAGCAAAUGCAAACCAACCAUCUUUGCUUUCUUCAUAGUUCCAACGGCAAGUCUGUGUCCUGGUCUGAACCAGGUGGGAGAGACGUUCCCAAGGGACAACAUAUGUGGCACAGACUCUCAGUGCAUGUGAAGAGCAAAGAGCCAGGAUGCAAUCAGACCGCAGUGAUCAAGCCCUUGACUAAAAGCUAUCCAGGCCAAGGCAAGAGCCUGACUUUUUCAGACAUCAGCAGUAAGACUCUGUACAAUGUGGUGGAGGAAGAGGAGAGCGAGCCAGUGCGUUUCUGCCAACUAAAUAGUCCUUCCAUGGUUGUGCAUCGGCGAAUCAUGGCGACGCCUCCCCUGCAGGCAACAGCAGAGGAAACCCACCUGUUCUUGUCUGAGCAGAGUCCCCAAAUCCUACCACCUCCACCACCACAGAGAUCCGUUAUGGAGCAGCUGCAAGGCGUGGUCAACAAAUUUGCCACUGGCAUCCCGGACUUCAACUCUGUGAUCCCUGCACCUGGUGCCGGGAACGGAGUAAGGCCUAUCUAUCACCCUCCAUUAUUGCAGCAGCAGGUGCUGCCACUCCAAAUGGGUACAUUCAGCAAAGAGAUAGUUUCGUCCCCAUCUGAAGAAGAGGGGCAGGAGGAGGAGGAAGAAGAAGAAGAAAAUGAAAAGUUUAAGCUUAUCCAAGGGUAUGUGUAUGAGCGGCCGGGGAACCUAGAGGAGGAUGAAGAUGAGGAAGAGGAGCAGGCAACCAGCAAACUGACUCUAGAAGACUCACCAGCACUGACGCCUCCAUCUCCCUUUCGAGAUUCGGUGGCCUCAGGCAGUUCUGUGCCCAGCUCCCCGGUAUCUGAAUCAGUGCUUUGCACACCUCCCAUUGCAACCUAUGCCUCUGUUGUUCUGAGGGAUUAUAAGCAAACUUCAUCAACCCUGUAG